GGAACCUCUGUUUCUGGUCAUUGUUUCCGGACGGUACGUGUGGAACGGUGGAACAAGCCGAUCCUGUGAAAUGCAAGUUUAAUUUAAAGAUUCUGUAAAAUAUCAACGUUUACAUGGUUUAUUGAUUCACCCACAUUUUCCCUGUCAUCCAAUGGGAGGUGACACCAGGGGGCAGUGAAAAUGUUGAGUGACAUCCCAAGGGACGCCCUCCUCCGACCUCUCACUCGGAAUGAGGUGGUGGGGAUGCUGGUGAGACUGACUAUCUUUGGAGCUGCCACAUAUUACAGCAUCAAAUGGGUGGUGGAAGCUAUGGACCCAACACAGAAACAAAAAUCACAAGCCAAGAAAAGGGCUGAGCGGUUGAUGAAGCAGAUUGGCGUAGAUGAGGGUGUGAGUCUGACGGAGUAUGAAAUGAACAUCGCCACUCAUCUCAUAGAUCCUCGCAGCAUUAAGGUGACCUGGAGAGAUGUUGCUGGUUUAGAUGAAGUCAUCACAGAUCUGCAAGACACAGUCAUCUUACCUUUCCAGAAAUCCUAUCUUUUUCGUGGCUCCAAACUCUUUCAACCUCCUAAAGGUGUACUGUUGUAUGGACCACCGGGAUGUGGAAAGACUUUAAUCGCCAAGGCAACGGCAAAAGCAUCUGGAUGCCGCUUUAUUAAUCUCCAGGCAUCCACUUUGACUGACAAGUGGUACGGCGAAUCGCAAAAGCUGACUGCAGCUGUGUUUUCAUUGGCUGUCAAGAUUCAGCCCUGUAUCAUUUUCAUCGAUGAAAUGGAUUCGUUUUUGAGGAAUCGUUCCAGUUUGGAUCAUGAGGCCACUGCUAUGAUGAAGGCCCAGUUCAUGAGUCUGUGGGAUGGAUUAGAGACAGAAACCAGCAGCCAGGUAAUGGUGAUGGGGGCUACCAACAGACCCCAGGAUGUGGAUCCAGCAAUACUACGCAGAAUGCCAACCUCCUUUCAUGUAGGACUCCCUAAUGCAGCUCAAAGAGAAGAAAUCCUUAAACUGAUUUUGUCAGGUGAAAAGCUCAGUAAUGCAAUCAACCUGAAGGAAAUAGCAGGACAAACGGACGGUUACUCUGGUAGCGAUCUGAAAGAGCUGUGCAGGGACGCCGCCAUGUACCGCGUCAGGGAUUACGUCCGCAAACAGCAGAUGAAGCAGAUCGUACAGAAGUUUCAGCUGGAUGAAGAGGAAGAGCGCAUGGAAUGCACACAGCUGAGGCCCGUGACUCAACUGGACCUUCUGUUUGGCCUAGAUAAGAUGAAAGAGUCCAAGCAGGCUACAGCUGACCCGGCAAAUCUGAGAGAGGUGCCACUGGACUGAAUAUUUCUCACACUGUAACACUGUACGCUCGCUCUUUCUCUCGCUUUAUUCUGUAUUUCUUGAUCCCCAACAUUUUGUUUUUAUUCUUUCCCCUAUUUUCGACAUUUCUGUUACAUGUCAAACAUUAUUUUACUACUAAUGCUUUUUAUAGGAAGAUGCUAUUGACAGGGAUUUGUGCAUACUGUAUUUAUAAUACCAAGUCUUUGGUAUUUAUACUUCUGUUGUAUAGUGUGAAGUAUUAAAUAUACUGUGUUAAAUCA